AUGGCGGAUAUGCUUAAGGAGGGUCAGCCAAAGCCAUCGAAUGUACCAUUCAUCUUGGACCCCGAUAAUGUGAAGCAAAGGGGCACGACGACCCAGCACGACGGUAUCCCUUGCCUUGAUAUUCCUGACACUGAUAAUAAUGAGCUUGCAGGUCGCAUGGGGCUCGCCCUGAUUGAAAAGUUCUCACACUCCAUCCCAACCCCCCACUCGAUUCGCAAGGCCCUUACGAAUUUCAAACUGAAAGGUACGCUAAAUUGGAACUUCAUCAAUGCUAAGCAUAUCCUCAUUACCCUUUCUAAGAUUGAUGAUUAUGUGAAAAUUUUAAGUGGUGCUAAUAACAACAAUACUUGGUUUAUUGAUCAUCAUCCGAUGAGAAUGUUUAAGUGGACUGCUGAUUUUGAUUUGUAUUUUGAGACUCUGAUUGCUGCUGUUUGGUGCAAUUUGCAUGCAUUACCCAUUCAUCUAUUUGAGGAAUCUAUUUUGUUUUCCAUUGUUAAAUUGUUUGGUGAACCUAUUCAGAUUGAUCAUGACACUAUCACACGUGCACGCUUGUCAUAUGCACGCAUUUGCAUUGAAAUAGAUAUCUCAAAGCCUGUGCCAGAAAAAUACAUGCUUCGACUUGGCGGAAAAGAUGUGACUUUGCAGGUGAGAUGGGAUAAGAUCCCACACUACUGUUCAGCCUGCAAACAUGUGGGCCACUCAGAGGUCCACUGUUAUGCACUUGGAAAGAGACCGGCCCCACCGAAGAAAGACUUCUCCAGACCGGCACAACAGAAGCAGAAUGAGAUGAGAGGAGAGCAAGGAGAGCAGCCCCGGGGAGAGCAACCAAAUGCGCAGACAGAGACAAAAUCAGGUUGGAACCGUGUGGGCAAGAACGGCAAUAUUGUGAGGGACUCAGUGGCGAUGGGAAAGAACAAGGGAGGUCAGGCAGCAAGGUAUGAAUACAGAGUGGUAGCAAACCGAAAUGACAACCAUAGUACCAGCAUACAGGUUCGAAAGCCUCUUUUUGUCCCGAACUCGGGCAUGCUUGACCAACCCACUUCGGGAAAGGGCAAGGAAAAGAAGAAGAGAAGCCCAGAAAGUAGAGCGAGAUAUAGAGAGAAAAGAAGGUUGAGGAGGCUAGAGGAGACUGAGGGUCGAGUCAUGUCAGAGACCGAGGGAUCGGAGUUUGAGACUGACGACGGGGGUGAAUCAGGGAACAGACCGAGAUCACUUUCACCUAUCGUUAGGGGGAACCGUGUCCCUAUCUUGGAGGAAUAUUUGGGACUCGGCGUCCAUAGCAACAGAUUUGAUAUCUUGGAGGAUGAUGAUCUCGAGACAGAGACGUCCAUGGCCUUGGUCCUGCACGACGGGACCGCAGACGCUCAGAUUAUUCACGAGGCUAGAAGGGCAAAGGGUGUAAGGAAUGAGGCUGCCAGAAAUGGGAGCCAGCCGUUGGAGAUCGCCAGUGAUGGGGAUCGACGACUUGAGAUCAAAGCACCGACGAAGAAGGCGAGGGUUUCUACCUCGCGCAUAAACUGA